CGGUCCACGCUGCCGUCUCGAUCGCCUUCGCCGCCGCCUCGAGCGACGACUACCAGCCGCAGACACUUACGCAGGCCGUCGCCUCGCCGAAAGAGCCUCCGCUAAGCCGUUCCCGGGGAAGGCCCACGUGAGGACUCCACGCGCCAACGGCCCGGCACACGGUUGCGUGCGCGGCGAAAGUGCGCUGUCCCCCCUCCUCACUCUCCUUCACCGACCCCCGAGGCGGCCACGUCGUGGUGGCUGGGAGAGGGGCCACGGCCUCCCCCCCGCCAUAAAGGAAGCGCCGGGGGCGAACCGCACGGCCGCCACAUCCAGAGACUGCAGCGAACGCGAUGCGAUUCGGAGCCACCACCGGUGCGGCGGCGAUGGUGUGGACGGCGGCGCCCCGGUUACUCUCCCUGUGGCUGGCGCUGUGGCUGGCGGCCGGCGCCGAGGCCGUCCUGCUCGGAAUGCUCCUGCGUCGAAGCACCCUGGGCUCCAUGAUACCCAAGCCGUCCAUCAAGAUCUACCGUGACCUUGACAACGGCCACGGGUCCGGCCUGCGAUCGGGCUUCAAGGUGGGCAUCGACGCCACCUUCGGCGGCAGCAACUCCAAGGAGCAGAACAAAGAGUACGACGAGGGCCUCGGGGUCAAGUACCAGCACCACCAGCACGACGACUACAAGCUGCAGCAGGGAGACUACGACCUGCACAGGUACCAGAAGAGCCCGUCGAUCACGGUGGAAAUCCGGGCGCGCGAACCACCCGAACCGCCGACCACCGAGCCACCGCCGCCGCCGCCGCCCAAGGGGUUCUCGCUGAGGCGCAUCGUCAAGCGACGCCGCAAGAGCCGACGCACCACGACGCCGCCCCCGCUGACGCUUCCACUGACCGUGCCGCCGGACAUGUCCCUAAUGCCCGCGUACCGCAAGGAGCUCAUGUACCCGGAGUACGCGUUCGGCCCGUACAAGGGGCACACGCUCAUGGGAUUCACCUACGACGGGCAGGACUUCAAGAGUUAGCCCCCCCUUCGAAGAGGCACCCUGGCUCUCUUCGAGACGGAACGACGACUGCACAAAUCCGUCCACCAACCGUUGAAUAAGCUGCACACGCGUUGUCAUUCCGGACUGCAGGGAGGGUGGCGAAGACAUUCCGACGCUGCGUCGACGACAUGCGCGCGAGGUUGAAACAGUUUUCCGCUAUGGCUGAACCAUCCGUCCCUCGUCGGAAGGAGGCUGUAGCGAGGAAGGGGUGUCACGUGUUUAAGUUCUCACGAGUAGGGAACAGACAACGCCGUAAAAUUGCCUCAGUGAAGGGAGUACGCUAAAAGGGACAGGUAAUGAAAGCUUCCCCGGGAAGAAGUCAACUGCGAGAGUGACCGGGGUAGUUGGAGAAGUAUGGGAGAGGGCUUUGCCCUGCAGUGGGCGUAACCAGGAUGAUGAUGAUGAUGAUGAUGAUGAUGAUGGUGAUGAUGAUGAUGAUGCGAGAGUUUGGGCGCGUGGCCACCAGAGCUGACGGGACGCGGGGCGUUCACGUGUGACAUUCUGGACGGUACGGAUUCCUGCUGAGCUGCAGGACAGAAUCAUCAAGCACCAGAGCGGAUUGGAGUGCGGAGAGAAGCCGUCGUUUGGAGGAAGGACUCGGCGUACGUUGGUGUCCAACGCCUUCACGUUGGAGAGUUUGUCGCCAUGACGGACUCAUUGCAUUUGUAGUCACGACAACGAGCUGCGUACAGAAGUGUUAUAGAAGGUAGCCCGCUCACAACAACCUGUUGGCAUUCUUCAGGCGAGCAGCUCCAAGAAAGGCCUAUUACGAAGGCAAUAAGACGGACACAGAUUGAUACUAAGGUUUGUUACAGCGCACCUAAGACAACAGAAGGUACAAAACUACGAGGUACCUUCUGUUGUCCUUGUCUUAGGUUGUGCUGUAACAAACCUUAGUAUGAAACCCAACCAAAUGGCCCAACUUGCCUUUCUGAUGCAGACGGACACAGCCCUGUGUCCGUCUUCCUUGCCUUCGCAAUAAAUGUUUUUUUUCUUUUUCCUUUUUUUCGGGCAGCUCGCCUGCAGAAUGGGAUACAAGCUCGCCCAGGAAACCAUGCUUCUGUUAGCAGUGUUUGAUAUUGUGCAAUAUUGUGCUCCCCCUCCACCCCCAUGAUUGUUCAUGUUCACUCUAAAAAUGCACGAAUGUCGGCACCAUUAUUAAUUCAACAAACUUUCAUGUACAUUCGAGCGAUUAUUUUACCCUAUAUCCUCACAACGAUCAGUCUCACUGUUUAGCGCUAUGUGCAUGAAUGUUUUAUUGUUUAAUUUUUAUUCACAGUGCUCAUUUAGAAAAAAAGAUUUCGUGAGGGAAGGAAUCCACUUAAAUGGGACACCAUCUGCUACGAAAUCACAUAAUUAAAAUUCAUUAUAAGUUCAUUAUAACAUUGCGUAGAUAUCAAAUCCAGGAUGAACUGCCAUUUGCUAUCCAAGACGUGCUAUGGAAAACACGAAUUACGUUCACCAAAAAUGGCGUCAGCCAUAAGACGCCGGAUAUUUCUGGCGUAUUAAAUUCCUAGACGAACGCUAGACCCAUAAUGCACAUCCACACGGUAUAUAUAUACUCGUCGAGUCAAAGUUGACGGGAAAUGGGGGCCACGUCGAAGUUAUCGCCCGAGUUUCCUGCUGGCGUUUACGAACGCGGUUCUUCCAUUUGCGGAAUGCUGACGAUUCAGAUCUACAGUGAACACUCUUGCGGCCGGCUCGAUCCUCGCGGAAGACCGAACUGGAAGCGACGUGCCUGCUUGCCCAGCCCUAUGCCGGUUCAGCAUGCAGUGGAAGAGGAUCUGCACAGGCACUGUAUCUACGAGAGCAAGAAACUAUAUAGCGACGCGCAUGACCUCUCCUUGGUGCGUGACUACACAACUCGCGUCUCUGGCCACGGCAAAGUGAUGUAUUCUGCGCACGCGUGAAUAAUUUGCCGUUGUUUUCUUUGCCCCACAUUUCGCGCGACUGGCCGUGGAACGGCCGGCCGCCAGAAGCCGACGCGUCGAGAAGGAAGUGCAGAAGCUGCGUAUCGCGAUAGAGCUGGAACUAUGUAUGUACAUAUAAGGACAAUAAAAAGUACCUUUGACAGGAGAAA